AUGGAAGACACAAGCAUGCAGACCCCUGGCGAUGCCUUGUCCUAUAUAACUCCAAUCGGCUUCUCUUACUAUGCCAAGUCCACAUCUCUUACUCCUGAAUACUAUCAGACCCUGCUGGAUCACUACUGGAGGCGCUCCGGGACGACCCUCUACCGGCCGGACCAACUCCACGCGUGCUGCGUCCACUACACCCUCCGCUUAGACUCCACUCAGUUCAAGCCCACCCGAGAUCAACGGCAAACCAUCAAUCGGUUCAACAAGUAUCUAACGGGCGAUGCCUACAUCAAGGAGGCAGCUCGUCUCCACCCUCGGUCACGCGAGCAGGCCAAGAAACGGGACUCUGAGUUCGACUUGACCGAGAGGGUCCACGAGGCGGAAUACGACUCACUGCAGCUGCCUCCUGAGCCCGCCCAUGUCUUUACCGUUACCCUAGAAGACGACGUCUUCACCGAGGAGAAGUACCAGGUGUAUGAGAACUACCAGCGAGUCGUCCACGGGGAGGAGCCGACCGACAUAACCCGCCGCGGCUUCCAACGCUUUCUGUGCGAGUCUCCGGUCCAGCGCAAGACAAUCACGACGGCCGAUGGCAAGGAGCAAAAGCUGGGCUCAUUCCAUCAGUGCUACCGUUUGGAUGGUAAACUGGUAGCCAUCGGCGUACUGGACCUGCUUCCCCAUUGCGUUAGCGCCGUAUACUUCCUUUAUCACGAGUCCAUUCACAAAUUUGCACCGGGAAAACUGGGUGCCAUUCGCGAGAUUGCCCUAGCGCGGGAACAUGGCUAUCGCUACUGGUAUCCCGGUUUCUAUAUCCAUAGUUGUCCCAAAAUGCGGUACAAAAUGGACUACACGCCCCAGUAUAUACUGGACCCCGAGACGCUGGCUUGGGAUCUCAUGGACAAGAGAGUUACGGACCUCUUGGACAAUAAGCCGUACCUGAGCUUAUCGAAGGAGAAAGAUGAUGAACCGGCUGUCGAAGGAGACAAGAAUACCUCAGAUCAACCUACGGCUGGCCAAGAAGAGUCGACAGAAGACUCUAAGGACGACAAUGACGAUGAUGAUGAUAGUUUCUUGUUCAACACGGGUAUGCCAGGCAUCAUGUCACUUGACGAGAUCCGCUCACUCGAGGAGAUGGACCAUAUAAAGCUGCGUAUAGACGGCUCUGGACUUCUUUUCGAGACCGGCGAUCUGGUCGCGUGGGAACGUCAGGAUAUUGGAGUUAGCGGGUGCCUCAAGGCUGGCAUUGCGGAGUUGGUGGCGGCAUUGGGACCUGAGCUAUUGGAGGAUAUGGUGGUGGACUUUUGGAAUCCCCAUCUGUGA